AGCGGGGACGACACUUUGAAAAGUCAGAAGCAGAGAAAUCAACAGGACGGUUGUCGUGUCCUUGCGGUAGAAAAGCGAACUGAAAGUGAAGGAGCUAGCCAGCUAGCAAGGUAGCCAGAGAUUGAACCGGUUUGUAGCCACUACUAGUUGCAAUUUCAUUGAUUUUGAUAUCGCAGCCGGACGUUUCUGAAAAGACCUCGUUAGUAUUAACUAGUUAGCUUACACUGGACGUGUUGCAUUUGUUUGAUUGCCAGCUAUCUAACGUUACUGUUACCUUUGACAUUUUGUUAUUAAAUUCAGUCGAUAGAUACUAAAAAUAGGUAUAAUUUUCUACAACCAUGGAAUAUAUGACACCCCUCCAGAAGAAGAGACGCCACGAAGGGGACCUUCAAAACUGGAAAGAUUGCCAAGCGAAACGACUGUGCAACGGAGUGGGAGUCUGCAUCCAGGUUGAACAUGGCGGGAUGGUGACUGACAGUGCCAUGGAUACAUGGGAUGCCAGCAUGCAACAGCAGGGUGUCCCAAACAGCAACAGCGGUGUCAGCAUCAACCACCCAGCUUCUAACAUGGUCUAUGCAGUCCAAGGCAGCCAACGUUGUAAUCGGUGCCUGGCAGGGGAGCCUGGGCACAUUAACCACAUCAUGGGGUAUUGAUCGGUUAUCGUCAUGAUCAGAGAUCGUUUGAAGAACUGAAGGAUCCUUGAGGAUGAAGAGAAUGAUUGAUUGAUUGAUUGAUCAAGCCAUUGUGGCUAUGAACGUUUUAUCAGUGUGCCUUUUCUCUCGCUUUUAACCACAAGCACUGUAUGCUUCAUGUAUAGCCUCACAUGUUUACACUACUUAACACUGUUAUUGGGAAAAUGGCUACUAGCCAGACAGGUCAUUUCAUACUGUCUUACUAACGUUCUGUUUGAAUGGAAAGAUAACCACUACAGUGUAGUCCACAUACAACCAUAAGGAAUGAGCCAUCAAGCCACAAUUAAUACUGUAACUUUACAAUGUAAUGUGGAUACUCACUUAAAGUCAAUGGAUGUAUUUAAAAAAAUUACUUAUUGUCCCAGUAUCAAGACCAAGAAAAUAUACAUGUAAAUAAUAAUAUUGAUAAGUAAAAACUUUUUAAAGUUAUAUAAUUGUUAACCUUUUUGAAAUGGAUAAUCCUGUCUGCAAAUAUAUUUUUGUGAAAUAAAUAUUUUAUAU